AUGCUGACCCAAGGCGUUAUUGAACCAUCCUCGAGCCCUUGGCUGUCACCGGUGGUACUGGUCAAGAAGAGGGAUGGAACUCGCCGGUUCUGUGUCGACUACCGGGCUCUGAAUCGGGUGACGACCCCAAACGCCUACCCUCUUCCCCGCAUUGAUGAGAUGCUCGACUCUCUGACAGAGCGCACCUGGUUCACUGUUCUCGACAGCCGGUCAGCCUACUGGGCCAUCUCUGUGCACCCUGACGACCGCCAAAAGACUGCAUUUAGUGACGGCCAUCGACUGUUGCAGUUUCGCAGGCUUCCCUUUGGCCUCUCGACUGCACCAACGACGUUCCAGAGGACCAUGAACGUUGUCUUGGCUUCCGUUUUGGGACGUCACACCCUUGCCUAUCUGGACGAUGUGGUGAUUGCAUCGGCCAGCUUCAGUGAACACCUGCAGCAUCUGCAGGAGACUCUAGCCCUUCUAAACGACGCAGGGAUGAAGUUUAACCUGGAGAAGUGUGAACUUGUCGAGCAACAGGUGAAGACUGGGUGGUUCGGCCUCAAGUCCUGUGUCCUCCGGGGUCGGUGGGCGAGACCCUGGCUGCGAGGCCUUACUGCGGGGCAUGGCAGGAGUGGAUACAAAAUACUGUUCAUGUGCACGGCUUUAUUCACGAAGCACUACUGCUACUAUAGCCUCGAAAUCACAGAUGAGGCACGGGAAACCACUGGCAACAAGGAGACUGUAUUCCUACUUUUCUUGCUUUUGGUAUUUGGUAAACAAAACAUUUCCGAUGUUAAGUAUGUCAUAGAAGACACUGAACAAAAACCAAAUUUCACAGAGAUGUCUGGUUCAGAGACUGCUAAACUUUUUAAACCUCAUCCGACCCUUAAUACAUGUACCGGAACUCUCUCUCUCCAGCAAACUGCCCAGUUUAUACCGAAGAUUGGUCAGACUGUGGAGAAGACAUUAGGAUACCUCAAAACCAUCAAGGAAUGCACCCCCAUCACCUUCACCCUAUCCUCUGAUGAGUCCUACAAUGCUCCUUUUCUUCUAAACAAUGCUGCAUUACAAUCGUGCCGCAACACUCACGAAGGCCAUGACGCUGCUUCUGGAAGCUACUAG